AUGAGCGACUUGGAGUCAAAGCAGGACUCGGGCUGUGAGGAAGAAGAAGAGGCAAUAGACACGGUUUAUGAACACGAGUGUUCGGUGCGGGAGAGUGUCGUGGAUUUCUCCUCUAUGCUCAAAGAUUUGGACUUACAACAGGUCAACGGCCCCCUGACAUCUGGACCAGAUCCGUCCCUUUACUUCAGCAGUGCAGAGGAUGAUGAGGAGGAAGAUGAUGAUGAUGAGGUCUCAGAGGAAGCAUCCACGACGGUCACACCAGACGAGAAGAGUCCAUUGGAGCAAAGGAGCAGACAAAGGGAGGAGGACUUUGAGCUGGAGCUGAGGACACUCCACGAGACCGAACGGUCACACCAGCGGUCAGGAAAGUCUCGCACUUCCAUGGGUGCAGCGCUCGGACACAUUCCGCUGACACCAAAACGGAGCGGUGGCCGUGGCGCGACGGAUUUAGGCGCAGCGCUGCCACCCACCUUUGAAAGGGCCGCAUGUACAGGCGGCCCAAUCGUAUGGCGACCAGGGCUGAUUCCAUCAGACCCAGAAGCCUGA